CCGGGCGGUACCGACCGAGAGGUGGCAGCAGCAUGGGGACUCCCGGCGGCCUGCACUCGGACUUCGAGGCGCUGCUCACGCGUUUCCAGGAGACCGACAGCGUCCGAUUCGAGGAUUUCACCGCGCUCUGGAGGGACAUGAAGUUUCAUACUAUCUUCUAUGGCAGAACGAGACAUAUGGAAAAGAACAAGUUUACAAAGGAAGCUUUAGCUCUGUCUUGGAAAUAUUUUCUACCUCCAUACACCUUUCAGAUCAGAGUUGGUGCUUUGUAUCUUAUGUAUGGACUGUAUAAUACACAACUCUGUCAACCAAAGCAAAAGAUUAGAGUAUGCCUUAAGGACUGGGAUGAAGUUAUGAAGUUCCAGCAAGAUCUGACAAACGCACAACAUUAUGAUGCUUCUUACAUUCUUAGGAAGCUGAGACUAGACAAAGCCUUCCAUUUUACAGCAAUGCCCAAACCGCUUUCAUACAGAAUGAAAAAAAAUAUUCCACGAACUGAAGUUACAGAGGAAUUUAAGGAACCUAAUGACCGGGUAAUGAAGCUUAUCACUGCUGAUACACUAGAGGAAAUUAUGAAUAUCCAUGAUCAUUACCAAGAAAUGAAGCAAAUAAUUUCAGCUGAUAAAUCCCAGCCUGACAAAGCCCUCAGCUUGAUAAAAGAUGAGUUUUUAGUUAACAUUAAAAACCUGGUUUUAGAACAUAAACAAUGGCAUGAAGACAAAAAGAAGGUAUUUGUAAAAGUUAAAAAUGAAGAUGACCAGACAGAAAAGGAAGGAAGUUCACAAGAAUUGGAAGGUUCUGAAAGAGCAGGAGCAUUAGCUAAAAUAAAAUCCAAGGCCUAUUCAGUUGUCACUCAGGCAUCCAAGUCAAGAAGACAUCGUCAAGUCAAACUUGAACCACUUGAGACAGAAUUUGUUAAAAAGCUAGUCAAGACACCUAAUAAAAGAAACAAAGGAAAACUGGAAUCAGAAGAGGAAACCUCACCUCAAAUUAAAGUACCUAAGAGGAAAAGAAGAUGCUGAACAAAGAACUUGGACUGUAGAGUUUUAUGCAAUCUGAAUUUCUGGACAGUUAAAAUCUUUAUGUGAUGAAGAUGAAGACUGCAGAUAUUAAAGCCAGCUGUUCCCUGUUUAUUCUGGACUACCACAGUAGUCCUUUGUGAAAAUUGGUUUCCAGUGGUAUUUAUAUGCACUCAAAAUUGCCUUAACACAUUUGUGGCCAUGCUAAUUAUUACAUAUUCUUAUUUUACAUUGACCUUUAGUUUAACUUGAGAUGUAGAUUACAUUGUCCUUAAUCAUAGAUUAAUUUAUGACUUGAAUGAAACCAUCAUAUACCUUAUGUGGGUAAGUGCAAUAAGUAUAUUUUUCUUCAUUACUACUAGACUGUAAAUUCAAUGAGAUAAUGCCAGUGCUUAGCACAAUGCAUUGCAUAU